AAACCCUUCUGAGGAGGCCCUGGUUUCGGCCAAGUCAGGGUUGGCAAAGUGUCAUUUUAGCUCAUUUGCAACCAUCUGCUGGAUGCUGGAAUGAGGUUCUCCUGGUGGGUUUGAUACCACCAAGCCGCUGUGAGCAGGAGCUGGUCCAGAGGUCACUGCUGGGUGUUUGAAGAACUGUGAUGCCCAAUGGACACAUGCUUCCACAUCAUCAGUGACACCUCAUCCAGCUUUAGGGACAACAGCCCAUCCUCACCAGAGCCCCCCUCAGCAUGCCCAGACAGCCCAAACAUUCCCUGAAUCCUCCCUGUGCUGCACUUGGCUUGGGUUCUCCACUGGGACAAAUCCUCAGGGGUCGUUUUGUCCCCCUCUGAACAGCCCGUGGUCACAGAUGCUGCAGCCCAUUGGAAAGGCAUCAGGGAGGUGACACACGGGACCCAGGAGAGGUGACAGGGGGUGCCAGGAGAGGUGACACACGGGACCCAGGAGAGGUGACAGCGGGAGCCAGGAGAGGUGACACACAGGACACAGGAGAGGUGACACACAGGACCCAGGAGAGGUGACAGGGGGUGCCAGGAGAGGUGGUACAUGGGACCCAGGAGUGGUGACAGCGGGAGCCAGGAGAGGUGACCCACAGGACAUAGGAGAGGUGGCACACGGGACCCAGGAGAGGUGACAGUGAGAGCUGGCAGUGACAAGCAGUGAGUGGGGCACUGGUGACUGCAAGGACUCUGUUGGUGCCCAGGUCUUCCCUGCACCCUGCUGGAGUGAUGCCAGCUGCUGCUUAGCACCCAGGAGGAAGAGAUGGGGAGUCCCGCUCCUUGAGCACCCCAUUGUCCCCUCCCGUGCUCGCUCCCCUGGCCCCCAGGGAGCCCUCAGUGAUGUGACCUGUGCUCAGCACACCCUCAGCCCCAUCGGGACCCUCCCCAAGCCAGCCCAGUCAUGAUGUGCGAGGUGAUGCCCACCAUCAGCGAGGGGGACCCACUGGGCCCUCCCCAGGGCUCGGAGGCAGACGCUGACUUCGAGCAGCUGAUGGUGAACAUGCUGGACGAGAGGGACAAGCUGCUGGACACCCUGCGGGAGACGCGAGAGACGCUCGCGGUCACCCAGAGCCGCCUGCAGGAGACGCUCCGGGAGCGGGACCAGCUCCAGAGGCAGCUGAACUCGGCACUCCCACAGGAGUUUGCCACGCUGACGCGGGAGCUCAGUGCCUGCCGGGAGCAGCUCCUGGAGAGGGAGGAGGAGAUCUCAGAGCUGAAAGCGGAGCGCAACAACACCCGGCUCCUGCUGGAGCACCUGGAGUGCCUGGUGUCACGGCAUGAGCGCUCCCUCCGGAUGACCGUGGUCAAGCGCCAGGCCCAGUCACCAUCCGGGGUGUCCAGUGAGGUUGAGGUGCUCAAGGCACUCAAGUCACUCUUUGAGCAUCACAAGGCGCUGGAUGAAAAGGUGAGGGAACGCCUGCGAGCAGCCUUGGAGCGAGUGGCCACCUUGGAGGAGCAGCUCGUGGAUGCCCAUCGGCAGGUGGCAGCUCUGCAGCAAGGCUCCAGCCGGGAGCCUGCGGCGGGUGAGCGCGAUGAGAGGGAGCCCAAGGAACCAGCACCAAAGCUCCCCUGGAAGCGUCUCUCCAAUGGCUCUGUCCACCCAGAUGAUGAGGCCGGGCGGGUGGUGGAGCUGCAGGAGCUCCUGGAGAAGCAGAAUUUUGAAGUGGUCCAGGCCAAAGAGCGAAUCUCUGCCUUGGCUGCCAGCGUGGCCGAGCUGGAGGAGGAUCUGGGCACCGCCAGGAAGGAUCUGAUCAAAUCUGAGGAGAUGAGCAGCAAGUACCAGAGGGACCUCCGAGAGGCCCUGGCGCAGAAGGAGGACAUGGAGGAGAGGAUCACCACGCUGGAGAAGCGGUACCUGGCAGCUCAGCGAGAGGCCACUUCCAUCCACGACCUCAAUGACAAACUGGAGAAUGAGUUGGCCAACAAGGAAUCCCUGCACCGCCAGUGCGAGGAGAAGGCUCGGCACCUGCAGGAGCUGCUGGAGCUGGCGGAGCAGAAGCUGCAGCAGACAAUGAGAAAGGCAGAGACGCUGCCCGAGGUGGAAGCAGAGCUGGCCCAGCGCAUUGCUGCGCUCACCAAGGCAGAAGAGAGGCACGGGAGCAUUGAGGAGCACCUCCGGCAGCUGGAGACUCAGCUGGAGGAAAAGAAUCAGGAGCUGGCCAGGGCCCGUCAGCGGGAGAAGAUGAACGAGGAGCACAACAAGCGGCUCUCAGACACCGUGGACCGGCUGCUGAGCGAGUCCAACGAGAGGCUGCAGUUGCACCUCAAGGAGAGGAUGGCAGCCUUGGAGGAGAAGAAUACAUUAUUACAAGAGCUGGAAAAUACCCAAAAGCAGAUAGAGGAACACCAGCAUGACAAGCGGCGUUUGUCUGAUGAGAUUGACAAGCUGAGGCUGGAAGUGGAUCAGCUCAAGACCAGGAGUGGGACCUUUGUGGAGAGUGUGCACAGCAGGUCCCACAUGGGCAGUGCCACCGACCUGCGCUUCCCACUGGGAGCUGUGGUCCACGCCCCAGCCGAGCCCUUCGGAGCACCUCCAGGGCUGGCCCGGGCACAGAAGGGACGAUUUGGUGCCCGGAGAGAGGAACCAGCCAAGGACUGGGAGCAGGCCCAGGCAGGUGGGGUGCUGGCUACGGGGCCUCACGCCUUUGACAGUGACCCUGACAUCUCUGAUGUGGAUGAGGAUGACCGUGAGACACUGUUCAGCUCCAUGGAUGUGCUCUCUCCUGGUGGGCACUCAGAUGCCCAGACAUUGGCCAUGAUGCUUCAGGAGCAGUUGGAUGCCAUCAACGAAGAGAUCAGGAUGAUCCAGGAAGAGAAGGAGUCCACGGAGCUCCGCGCAGAGGAGCUGGAGACGCGGGUCACGAGUGGCAGCAUGGAGGGCCUGAACCUCACCCAACUGUGCAAGAGGGCCUCUAUCCCCACCUCGCUGACGGCCCUGUCCUUGGCCAGCUCGUCCCCACCGCUCAGCGGCCGGUCCACGCCCAAGCUCAGCUCCCGCAGCACUGCACAGGACCUGGACCGCAUGGGGAUCAUGACGUUGCCCAGCGACUUGAGGAAGCACCGGAGGAAACUGCUAUCGCCUGCAGCUCGGGAUGAGAGCCGGGAGGACAAAACCACUAUCAAGUGUGAGACGUCUCCACCGUCUUCACCCAGGACACUGCGGCUGGAGAAGCUGGGCCACCCUGCCCUGAGUCAGGAGGAUGGCAAGAGCUCACUGGAGGACCAGGCCAGCAAUCCCAGCAGCAGCCAGGACUCCUUGCACAAGGGCUCCAAGAGGAAGGGGAUCAAAUCCUCCAUCGGGCGCCUGUUUGGGAAGAAAGAGAAGGGUCGCUUGAUCCAGCUGAGCAGAGAAGGGGCCACGGGACAGGUGCUGCUGACUGACAUGGAGGGGGGCAUCCAGGACCCCCUGGGACUGGGCAAGCUGGGGGCUCAGGCCGAGAAGGAUCGGCGCCUGCGGAAGAAGCAUGAACUCCUGGAAGAGGCUCGGAGGAAAGGAUUGCCCUUUGCCCACUGGGAUGGCCCCACUGUUGUGUCCUGGCUGGAGCUCUGGGUGGGGAUGCCAGCCUGGUACGUGGCCGCCUGUCGGGCCAACGUCAAGAGCGGGGCCAUCAUGUCAGCCCUGUCGGACACCGAGAUCCAGCGGGAGAUCGGCAUCAGCAACGCCCUGCACCGCCUCAAGCUGCGCCUGGCCAUCCAGGAGAUGGUGUCCCUGACCAGCCCCUCAGCACCACCCACGUCCCGCACGUCCUCUGGAAAUGUCUGGGUCACCCAUGAGGAGAUGGAGAACAUGGCAACUUCCACCAAGACGGACACAGAGGAAGGCAGCUGGGCACAGACAUUGGCCUAUGGGGACAUGAACCAUGAGUGGAUUGGGAACGAGUGGCUACCCAGCCUGGGUCUGCCCCAGUACCGCAGCUACUUCAUGGAGUGCCUGGUGGACGCGCGGAUGCUGGACCACCUCACCAAGAAGGACCUGCGGGUGCACCUGAAGAUGGUGGACAGCUUCCACCGCACCAGCCUCCAGUACGGCAUCAUGUGCCUCAAGAGGCUCAACUACGACCGCAAAGAGCUCGAGAGGAGGCGAGAGGAGACCCAACAUGAAAUCAAAGAUGUGUUGGUGUGGACCAAUGAUCAGGUCAUUCACUGGAUCCAGUCCAUCGGACUGCGCGAGUAUGGGAACAACCUGGUGGAGAGUGGCGUGCACGGGGCCCUGCUGGCCCUCGAUGAGAACUUUGACCACAACAGCCUGGCUCUUGUGCUGCAGAUCCCCACCCAGAACACCCAGGCUCGACAAGUGCUGGAGAGGGAAUUCAACAACUUGCUCGCCUUGGGCACAGACCGGAGGCUGGAUGAUGGUGAUGACAAAACCUUCCGUCGGACGCCGUCCUGGCGCAAGCGCUUCCGCCCGCGGGAUGUGCACAGCAUCAACCUCCUCAGUGGCUCUGCUGAGACCCUCCCUGCCGGCUUCCGUGUCACCAGCCUCGUGCCACUGCCCCCUCCAGCUGCUCCAGCCAAGAAAAUGCCCCCGGAAGUCGGUGCCUCCGGGUCCCCAAGGCUGGAGACCUCCACGGUCCGAACGUACUCGUGCUAAGGGUCAGCAAGAUGGGAGCCAGGCCCUGCAGAUCCCCAUGUCCGUAUGCCACGUGCUGGCUGCCUUCCAGGAUGAGAGCCCAGCCUGUGCCUGUUCCUUGGCCCAGACCCACAGUCACUGCUGUGGACUGACAGGAUCUAUCCCUCCUGCUCGCGCACCCCCCGCUUUCCCUGGCUCCUGUGGCUCCUGCUGUGAUCUGUCCCCCACUUCUCCCACGCUGGCUGGGCCACGGAUGUGCUCCAGAGGCCAUCCUGUGCAAUCUGGGGAGCAGCACAGACACCCCCAAAAUGUCUGCGAUGUUUGGAAGCCUCUCUCCUGCCUGGUUCAUUUUGCCAAUCUGCCACGGGGCUGCACUGACUCGCCCAAGCCCUGGGCAUCGGGGAUGCUGCUGCCCACAGGACUUGAAGCCAAGGAAGAUUCAGGCUCGUGAAAAUCCUCCCUUCAGGGUGGCUGGGCAAGGAGCUGCCCUUGUGGGGUGCCGGGGCAGUGCUAGGGCUGGUGCUGGGUGGGACAAAGGGGGCCCAGCGUGAGGUGAGGAGGGUGGUGUUCACCCAGGGCUGGGCGGGCAAGGUGCUGAUUUUGGUGCUGUCAGGUGCCCUGUUCAGGGGGGCUAUGCCUGGGACUGCCCCACGCUGCUCACGGGGAUGGUGCCCAGCACCCACGGGAGAGGGGACCCUCCUUGGGUGCCCGGGGCAACAACUGGAGCCCCAUCCGCCCCCGGGAUGUGCCCACCCUUCCCCACCUGGUGCAGAGGAGAUGCUCUCCUCUCCUGUCUCCUAGCAGGGGUCAGUCCAGAAGGCUCUUAACUCUUCCCAUUUCUUCCCCGUAGGGUAGGAUCUCUUCGUCUCCUCAUGCCACAUUUGCCUUGUGUGGCCCCUAUUUCUGAUGUGAUAUUUAUUGAUGGCUGGAAUGACCUUAUACUUAUCAUGUGCUGUCUGGAAGUGCAAUAUCUGAGAGACUCUACAGUCACAACGUCUUUUCGGUGUAUCAUUUGCCUAAUACAGUAUUGAAUAUUUUUUUAAUUUGAAGAGUCAGUGAGCCCUUUAUAUCGAUGCCCUAUUUCUUUUGUCAUAUUAUUGGUACUGCAUGGACUCCAACCCUGGAUUGGGUCAGGAAAGGAUGUAUGUGUGUUCCAAUAAACAGGAUUUUAAAACA